UUCAAACAAGACACAAUGAGCACCAAGAACUGGGAUAACAAUGAAGAGAUACAGUAUUUUCGCGAGUAUCUAAGGAUACCUAGUGUGCAUCCUGAACCGAAUUACAAACCUUGCAUUGAGUUCCUAAACCGCCAGGCUGAAAGCUUAAAGUUACCCAUUAGGGUUUUCUAUCCUCUCAAUGAGCAGAAUCCUGUGGUGGUUUUGACCUGGGAAGGUAUGGAGCCAGAGUUACCCAGCAUUUUGCUCAACUCUCACAUGGAUGUGGUUCCCGUUUUCCCCGAGAACUGGACACAUCCUCCAUUCGGAGCAGAUAUCGAUGAAGAAGGUCGGAUUUUUGCCAGAGGAGCGCAGGAUAUGAAAUGUGUGGGAAUGCAAUAUCUGGCAGCUAUAAGGGCUUUAAAAAAGAGUGGCUUGAGGUUAAAGAGAACCAUUCACAUAUCUUUUGUGCCAGACGAAGAAGUUGGUGGAAGAAAUGGAAUGCUCCCCUUUGUGAAUUCAAAGGAAUUUCAAUCCCUCAACAUUGGAUUUAGUUUGGAUGAAGGAAUAGCUUCACCCACCGAUGAGUUUCCCGUUUUCUAUGCUGAGCGAACAGUGAAACGUUUAAUAUUUAAAUUUAGUGGAUCUGCAGGACAUGGCUUGCUCUUGAUGCCGAAUACUGCAGGGGAGAAGUUGAGCUAUUUGGUGGGUAAGAUGAUGGAACUCAGGGCUGUUCAAGUGAAGCGUUUGAAGGAUAAUCCCAAGCUUCAGAUUGGUGAUGUGACCACCAUUAACUUGACCACCGUGAACGGAGGAGUCCAGAGCAAUGUGGUGCCACCCUACAUAACUGCCACUUUCGAUUGUCGCCUCUCCUUGGACACGGAUAUUGCCGAGUUUGAGGCUAAUCUCCACAAAUGGUGUGCAGAGGCAGGCGGCGAUAUUGAGUUUGAGUUUGGAUCAAACUGGCGCAAAGGACACAUUCCACCAACGGCCACAGAUGCAUCUAACCCCUUUUGGCUGGCUUUUAAGAGUGCCACGGAUGAGCUGGGUCUGUCGAUCAAUCUGCAGGUCUUCCCCGGUGGCACAGAUAGUCGCUAUAUUCGAAAUGCGGGUAUUCCAGCCCUGGGCUUUUCUCCCAUGAACCACACUCCCGUAUUGCUGCAUGAUCAUGAUGAGUUUUUAGAGGCGGAAACCUAUUUAAAGGGUGUGCAAAUAUACCAGAAAAUAAUAUCCAGUGUAGCUAAUGCAUGAAAAUUAAUAGAAAUAUAUAUAAAAAUACUAGAAAGACAUGCUGAUCUUGUAAUUAUUGGGUAAAGUAUAGC